AAACUAUGACUUCUGGGCCGGUAUGCUUUAUUUUGGAUGCUCGUGAGCUACGAAUGGUUCUUACACUAUUAAAUAAAAUAUUUAUGUAAAGUAUUAUGUAAAAAACCAUUCUUUGCUCAGAAGGCCGUCAGGGAAAAGUCGGUGGGUCAGAUCAGGCGGCUGGCUGGUGUUUGUCAGCUCCCCAUCAUAUACUGUAACCACAUUCUCAUCAACUCUCAGCUUCUCGGGAGUGCUGUUGAUCAGCCUUAAUAUUGGAUAACAUUUCUUCUCUGUGUUCUCUCCCAUCCCCGUCUCGAUAGAGAGGUAGAGGAUUAAGGGUACAGAAUAAGGGCAGCUGGAUGGUACAGUGGCUAGAGCACCGGGCCUGGAGUCAGGAAGACUUCAAUUCAAAUCUGACCUCAGACACUAGCUGUGAGAGCCUGGGCAAGUCGCUUUACCCUGUGUCUCAGUUUGGUGGAAAAGGAAAUGGUCUUUGCCAAGAAAACCCCAAGUGGGGUCUUGAAGAGUUGGACAUGACUAAAAAACUAUCAAAGACAAACAUGGCGUACAUAAGGUCUGCUGGACUGUUGGGUUAAACUCUUUAUCAGGAUGGUGGGGUCACUUUAGAGUGGGGGUGAAGAACCAGUAAACAGUGUACCCGAAGAAGGCAGCAGUAGCAUUGGGAGUCAGGAAUCUGGGGCUCUUGGCCUGCCACAGACACCCGGAUUUUCUGGGCUCCAGUUCCUCUUCUGUGAAUGAGAGGACACUGGCCAAGAGGAGCACUCUCUUAUUCAGCCUCAGAGUAAACUGUUCUGGAUAAUCACUUGUAUUUGAGUAACUACAGGUGUUCAAGUGUGUACAUAGAAUGUGGGGGAAAAAAGGAGAAAAUGAGUAAAAAGCACGUAAUUGGCCUGAGGGUGUCAGUGAUUACACAUGUGUGUGUGUGCACAAUGGAACGUGGAAAAGAAAAGGAGAAAACAAGUACAGAGUACGCAAUCGGCCCAAGGUGUCAGUGACUACGUGUGUGUGUGUGUGUGUGUGUGUGUAAUGGAACAUGGAAAAGAAAAGGAGGAAAUGAGUACAGAGUGCACAAUCGGCCUGAGGCUGUCAGUGAUUGUACAUGUGUGAGUACAAUGGAACAUGGAAAAGACAAUGAAAAAACAAAUAUAGAGCACACAAUCGGCCCCAGACUGUCAGUGAUUAUAUGUGUGUGUCUACGAUGGAACGUGGAGAAAAAAAAAAGGAGAAAACAAGAGCCCAUAAUCAGCCCAAGGCUGCUAGUGAUUGCACACGUGUGUGUGUACAAUGGAACGUGGAAAAGAAAACAAGAAAACGAGUACAGAGCACGCAAUCAGCCCGAGUCUCUCAGUGAUCGUACAUGUGUACAAGGAACUUGGAAAAGACAAUGAGAAAACAAGUACAGAGCACAAAAUCAGCCUGAGGCUGUCAGUGAUUGCACAUGUGUCCGUAAACUUCCGUGCCUCUGGACUGUUAACCGUGCGGUUAACAUGGUGAUGCUCCCUUAAUGCCCUUGCUGCUCGGGGAGUGGUCAGGUUCAUGUUCUGCCUUACCCUGAGGCCUCACUCAUUUCAAUUCUUCCCAUACAAGGCUGCUUCAUUCUUGUUGUUAUAGACCAGUAUCAUUCUUAUUCUGGCUCACUGAGAGCAAGUUUUGUUUUGUUUCAAGAAAUAUUAUUCUGCCAAGGUUUGUAUUGGGAGCUGAGAUGUCAAGUUGUUUUUCAUUUGAAUGAUUUUCUGAGAUUCUCUUGUGUGACUGUCAUUGUGCCCAUCAGGAGUUAUAUGUUUGCUGUUGAGCGUAUUGCUUUCACUGAAAUUCGUAAGUCCUUACAGGACCCUGGCACAUAAAUGAUUUUAUUGUGGGGAUCUGUUAUUAUUUACUGUUAUGAUUUACUAUUUUUUUCUCUUCCAGUUCCCCCUUGACUAUCUCCAUGUGCCCCGGUCCAAACUGAGGUUCUUCCUCUCUGAUGGAAACUACCGAGCUUGGAACUUAGGAGGCAAAGGGGAGAGAGUGGCUGAUGACACAUUCUUACCUGUUCCUUCAGAUUCCCUCCAUCAGGAGCCUUGGGAUGAAGCCACAGACUUGGCUGUGACACAGAGCGUCUGCCUGGGCAUGGCUGCCAAGAAGAAAGAACCAAAGCACAAUCCCUGGUACCCCAGCAGAGGAGAGUGUGGAGAAUGGGAAAUUGAGGCAGAGACACAGGAGAGCAGCCAGGAAACACAGGCUCCUGAGGCCCUAGGCCCUCUGCAGAACACUUUUAGUGAGAUUAUGUUCCCUAAAACACCUAAACGACAAAGCGAUCUACUGAAUUUUUUUAAUGUGAAGAAGGUGAAGACAGACACAGAAAAUGAUCAUAGGAAUGAGGAUCAUUAUGAAGCACUGGAACCAAUGGAACCCAAUUUUGAAUCUCUUGAACGACUAGUCAUUGAAGAGCAACCAUCGUGUUCCCAAAAGGAAAAAAUAGACAAUCUUAUUCUCCCAGAUUGUUGGAACAAAAAACAAGCAUUUCUGUUUACAGAACAGUACAAAUGGCUUGAAAUAAAAGAGGGGAAAUUAGGAUGUAAGUAUUGUUCAACAGUUCGGCAUUUAGGAGUGACAGCAGAAAAGCACAUCCAUGUGUCCAAGGAAUGGAGUGCAUAUUUAAUAACUCCAAAUGGUAGUAAUAAAAUUACAAGGCAAGCUUCUCUGCGAAAAAAAAUUAGGGAACAUGACGUUUCUAAAGCCCAUAGUAAAAUUCAGAAUUUGUUAAAAGAAUCAGCAAAUGACUCCAUUUCAAAUAUAAUACAUAGACUAAAUAAUAAAAAUAUUGAUGCUACUGUAAGAGUUUUCAAAACAGUUUACAGUUUAAUCAAACGUAAUAGGCCUUUAUCUGAUAUUGAGAGGGCAAUAGAAUUACAAGAGAAAAAUGGAAUAGAUAUAGGCAAUUGUUUGCGGACACGAUAUAGUGCAACAAGAAUAGCAGAACACAUUGCAAAAGAAAUUAAGAUGAAGAUAUUUAAGAAUAUCGUAGAAGAGAAUGCCAAAAUCUGCAUCAUCAUUGACGAGAUAUCGACAAUUUCAAAGAAGAGCACUCUAGUGAUUUAUCUUCAGUGUGCGGUUCAGGCUGCACCUGCCCCCGUCAUGUUAUUUGUUGCUUUAAAAGAAUUGGUGUCGACCACAACAGAGUGCAUCUUCAAUACGUUGUUGUCUACGUUAGACAAUUACGGCUUCAAUAAUGAAUAUUUGAAAGCGAACUUAGUUGCAUUUUGUUCUGAUGGGGCUAAUAAAAUUCUGGGAAGAAAGUCUGGAGUAGCUACAAAGCUAUUAGAAAAUUUUCCUAAAAUCAUCUUUUGGCCCUGCUUAAAUCACCGACUGCAAUUAUCGCUUGAUGAUUCAAUAUCUGAAAUAAAACAAGUUAAUUAUUUUAAAAUAUUUCUGGAUAAAAUGUAUUCUAUUUAUCACCAAUCUAAUAAAACUCAAACUGAGCUAGAAACUGUAGCUAAAGAACUUGAAACUGAAAUUAUUCAAAUCGGUCAAGUUUUGGGUCCAAGAUGGGCAGCAUGUAGUUUACGAGUUGCCACUGCUGUAUGGCACGCAUAUCCUACAUUAUAUAUGCAUUUUUCUCAUUCUUCUUCUUACUCUGGUUUGGCAAAGAGAUUGGCUAACAUUAAUUUCUUGCAAGAUCUUGCUCUGAUGAUUGACAUUCUUGAAGAACUUUCAUUGCUUUCAGCUGCAUUGCAUUUGCAGUCAAGAUCAACCAACAUUCAGAAAGCACAAAAACUAAUCAAAUGCACCAUAAGAGCUUUGGAAAGAUUGAAGACUAGUAUUGGAAAGCAUGAAUCUCAAGUUGAAGAUUUAAUGAAGUCAGACAAGUAUAAAGAUAUUCCAUUUGGUAAACAUAACACAUUUAAUGCUCUUCCUAGGAAUAUGCUUCUAGAAAAUAUAAUUCAACACAUGAACUUACGUCUCUUUUCUGACAGAAGUGAUGAAGCUACUUUUCAUUAUCUUGAUUUAUUAGAGCCAUCUACUUGGCCUUUUGAAGAACUAACUUCACCAUGGAGAACUGGUGAAAAAAAUGUACAUCACUUAAAUGAAAUUUUAAAACAUGAAAUUGAUUUAAAUGACUUUCGUGAUUUUGUGGAUAAUAAUAUAGAAGCAAACAAUGUUCCAAUACCUGUAACCAUACAGAAAGCUAAAAAGAUUGUUAGUACUAUUGCCAUCAGUACAGCUGAAAUCGAAAGAGGUUUCCGUUUAAUGAAUAUAAUUUGUACGAGGGUGAGAAAUAGUUUAACAGUAAAUCAUGUGUCUGAUUUAGUGACAAUAAAUUUAUUAGGAAAAGAAUUAGCAGAUUGGGAUGCAACUCCAUUUGUUAAAUCAUGGUUAAAUUGCAACCAUAGACUGGCUACAGAUACAAGAGUUCGGCAAAAGUCAUCGAGAACAUUUUGUAAAAAUCCAUUGGCUCCAUGGAAUUUACAAUAAAGAGUAUUGUAUAUUUCAGUAAGAAUUAUAAAUU